AUGAUUCUACAGACAUAGAGAAUCAGCAAUACAGUUGACGUUUUAGCCAGCUGGCAAAUUAAUCUCAGACUGCACGUAAAAAGUCUUAUUAAAAUAAUAACAAUUAAGAGCGAAUAUAUAUAUAAUACAAUUUUACUUUUUUAAAAAUAUUUUUUAACAUAUCAGAAUGUUUAUGUUUGAUCUAAUCUUUUAUACAUUGUACAUUUACUUCUCCGAAUAUUAUAAAAGUUCACUUAAUGGCCUUGUGUCUACAACAGAAUCAUUCACGCACACAGAAAUAAUGUAAGGCAUUAUUAUGAAGUAUUAUUCAGGCGAACAUAUAAAAUACUUUUAAUAUUGUUAGAGUUAAUUAACAAAUGUUUAUUACAAACUUAAAUCUUAUAUGCGAUUGUGGAUGUAUUGUACAGCCAUUUAAUCCGUCCAUUGAGUAAUAUUAUAUUUUUAUCACAUAUAUUUAUAUGUAUAUUAUAUGUAUAGUAUAUAGUCCGUCCAUUUUUCAAUAAAAUUAUUUACAACUAAAGUUUUUGUUUCAUGUUUUUCUUGUAAGUACUAAACUAUAAGUACUAAAAUGUAAGUACUAAACUGAACCAAACACGCUUAUACCUGUUCAGUCGUGCAUUCGUUAUCGCUUGACGGACGCAACCAUUCUUUUCCGCAAAUUACCGAAGCUCCUAUGAGUGCAAAGCAAAUUGCAUGUGAGAGGGGGAAUGUUAAACUCUGUGAAGAGUACGUGUAUUGACAUAUCUCUUUUAUGAUUAGUCGCGUAUCAUACGUGUGUGUAGGGGAUAAUCGAUAUCUGCGUAGAUAAGCAGGAUAAAGAGGAUAGUUGUUAUAUUCGUGAAAACAAUUCCAAGUCCACAUAUCACGUUACGGUAUAAUUAACACUGACGUUCAGGUGCGAUUGCAGUAAUAACGUUGAAGCGACUUUGUGCACAACUAAGGAAGUCGCGCAACUCCGAUCCCGAUUAAUUAUACAACAUGAAGUGGAAAUUAGGCAGCCUCUACAAGGUGUUCACUCGCAAAAAGAUAGUGGACGUCUCUCAGGAUUCUAAAUUGGCAAGAUGUUUAUCGACCCUUGAUCUCACAGCUUUAGGAAUUGGUUCUACUUUAGGAGUAGGUGUAUACGUUCUGGCAGGAACUGUCGCGAGGAACACUGCUGGUCCUGCCGUGGUCAUUUCAUUCGCCAUUGCCGCGGUAGCAUCGAUGUUUGCUGGUCUCUGUUACGCCGAGUUCGGUGCGCGAGUUCCUCGUGCUGGAUCUGCAUAUGUUUACAGCUAUGUCACGAUGGGCGAAUUCGUGGCGUUCCUCAUCGGCUGGACCUUGAUUCUAGAGUAUGUGAUCGGAUCGGCCAGCGUAGUGCGCGGCCUUAGCACGUACGUUGAUGCACUCUUUAACAAUACCAUGAGGAAAGCCUUCGAAUCAGCGGCGCCGAUCGAUGUCAAUCACCUGUCGUCGUAUCCAGAUUUCUUUGCGUUCGGUGUUACUUUGGUAUUCUCAGUUGCGCUUGCCUUCGGAGCCAAGGAAUCCUCGUUAGCGAACAAUGUCUUCACCCUGGUCAAUCUCUGCGUCGUGCUCUUCGUCAUAAUUGCCGGCUCUUUCAAAGCUGAUGCCAGCAAUUGGAAAACGAAGCCCUCAUGCACGGAAGAGGAGUGCAAGUUCGGAACCGGUGGAUUCGCACCUUACGGCAUAUCGGGCAUCAUAGCUGGCGCAGCGACAUGCUUCUACGGAUUCAUUGGUUUUGAUUGCGUGGCCACUACAGGAGAAGAAGCCAAAAAUCCACAGAGAUCCAUCCCGAUAGCGAUCGUUGCAUCACUAACAGUCGUCUUUCUAGCAUACUUCGGUGUUUCAGCGGUACUAACUACUGUGUUACCGUACUACGAACAAAACCCUGACGCGCCGUUCCCGCACCUGUUUGAGACGAUAGGAUGGAACUGGGCCAAGUGGUUUGUCUCGAUCGGAGCGAUUUGCGGACUCUGUUCCAGUUUGUUAGGUGCGAUGUUUCCCCUGCCACGAGUAAUUUACGCAAUGGCUUCAGACGGACUGAUCUUCAAGUGGAUGGGAAAAGUGAGUUCGCGAUUCCAGACCCCGUUCAUGGGCACACUUUCUGCUGGGUUUCUGACAGGAAUUCUGGCAGCAAUAUUCGAACUCACGCAACUGGUCAAUAUGAUGAGUAUCGGCACGUUACUGGCGUACUCGAUUGUGGCAUGUUGCGUGCUUAUCCUACGAUACGAAGAAAGUGAAGCUUGUGAGAAGAAAGGCGAUCGCGAUCCAAGGACUUGUCUGUUCAUCAUGAAGCAACUGGUGAACGCGAACAAAUUAAAUCAUUCCACAAAACUUACUUCGCAGAUUGUUACUUCUCUCGUAUCUUGCUACGUCGUCCUUUGUGCGUGCAUCGGCGCUUUGUUAUCAACUUGCUUAGAAGAAAUCAACGCCGGGAAAGCGAUAUUCAUAGUACCACUUGCCAUUUUAGUCGUUGCACUCUUGAUUGUCCUCUGUUUCAUUUAUCUUCAACCAGUCUCCGACAAGGAACUCUCAUUCUCGGUGCCGCUUGUGCCAUUCUUGCCAGGACUUAGCAUCAUUAUCAACAUUUAUCUUAUGAUGAUGUUAGAUGUUAUGACAUGGAUACGCUUUGCCGUGUGGAUGGUAGUUGGUUUGAGCAUAUAUUUUUUAUAUGGCGUGUGGCACAGUAAUAAUCAACAAAAGAAGAUGCCAAUUGCCAAUUCUAACAACGAAGCGCGGAAGGAUUCUGACUUUUCUCACAUUACGUGAUAAAUAUAAUAACAUAUGUUUCUUCUGUC